UAUCGUCUGCUACCUAAUGAAUAGUGUUGACAAUAGUCGCCAUUUUGCUCUAGAAAGUCGGAGAGAAGAGAUGUUCGCUUGAUCAUCGACCGUAAAUAUAUUCUAACGUUUAAAUCCGUAGUAUAUUAAUCAUUUUGACUUUCCAUCGUAAAAAAGCGAAGAAACGUGUGGUAUUUCUUGUGUUAUAUUAACUGCGUAGAGCCAUUCCCUUCUGCGGUAUAAAUUGAAAUUAAGAUGAUUUGGUCUUUCUAAAAGAAGUGCUCGCAGGCUUAAAGUGGAUAAAAUAAUAUUUUUUAUCGAAGAUGAACAGUAGAAUGGGACAGAAGAUUCCUAGUGAUAAGAUUAAUAUGAAACUCAUUCUAGCCAGUGGAAAGAGUCGAGAAUUUCUCUUUGCACCAAGUGAUUCGGCAGCAGAUAUAGCUCAAUAUGUUUUUGAAAACUGGCCUUAUGAAUGGGCUGAUGAAGCUGUACCAAAAGCUGAAAUUUUGAGACUUAUAUAUCAGGGACGAUUUCUUCACGGAAAUGUGACUUUAGGAGCUCUCCAGUUACCUCUGGGUAAGACUACUGUAAUGCAUUUAGUACCUAGAGAAAACUUACCUGAACCAAAUUCACAAGAGCAGAGACAAAAGUGCAAGGAAAGAAGCAGUGGUUGUUGGAUUGCUGUGUGUUCAAUAUUAUAGACAAAUAAUAUAUAUAUACAUAUAUUGUGUGUUGAUGUAUUGAUCUUGUGAAACAUUUAAAAAAUCCAGAUACUAAGGAAUAGUAAUUAUAUUCAUCUGUACAUUCCACUUGAAGAUCUGAUGUUCUGUAACAAAUUAUGCUGAAUCUUAAUCCAUCUACUUUUAUUCAGACAUAGACAAUAAUGGGUGUAGUAAAGUUUAUCGAGUAGUAGAAAAGUGCCCAUCGUGUAUAUUCUGUUUUAAAGAUUUUUAUUUAAUCUUACUUUGGACUUACCUAAAUAAAAUGCAGUUCUAUAUUACAUACAAA